AUGAGCUGGAACACCAGCGUCCCGCGGAUCGUGCUGACGAGCGACACCGAAGACUUCGACGAGACCAUCGUAAAGUAUUUCCACGAAGAGGGCUUCCAGCUGGCGUAUCUGGCAUAUGAAGGAAACCACAACGAAUACAUCUCUAAACUGCAGCAUCUCCAGGAUCCGUUGGAACUCGGCGAGAAGUAUGCAAUCGUAGCCUACGGAGAUGCAGCAGCAUUAGUCCUCGAAGCAUGUAUGAAGCCAAUGCCCAAACUGGUCGCCGUCAUCGCAUAUUACCCGCCACACAUGCCGAGAACGACGACCAACUUCCCCCCGACGCUCAAUGUGCAAAUCCAUCUAGCAGGCUCGCAGAAAUUCGGCACACGCCAUCCUAGCUUCCGAUACGAGCACACGCACGAGGGGUUCGCGGAGCACGACCUGGAGGAGUUCAACAAAGUCGCCGCUCGACUCGCAUGGUCACGCGACAUAGCCCUACUGCACCGCUCCUUCGACAUGCCGGAGUACGACCUGGAGGGCAUCUGGGACCACCAGCAGCAGCUCGAGCUUACGGAGAAGGACGCUGACAAGGCCAUGACGAACAUGGUUUCCGAGCCGUAUGUCAACCACGUGCCCACUAUGACCGGGGGCAUCGGGAAAGACGAUCUACACCGCUUCUACUCAGACUUCUUCAUGCCAGGCAACCCGCCAUCGCUGAAGACCCGACUCCUCUCGCGGACCGUGGGCUCCGACCGCGUCGUCGACGAGAUGCUCGUUAAGUUUACCCACACGACAGAAAUGCCCUGGAUAUUACCAGGGAUACCGCCGACGGAGAAGAGGGUGGAAAUCGUGCUCGUCAGUGUGGUCUGCAUUCGAGGUGGCAAGCUGUACCAUAAACAUGUCCACUGGGAUCAGGCCACAGUGUUGGUGCAGAUUGGUCUGAUCGAUCCAGAGUAUAUUCCCAAGUCGUUCAAGACGGCGGAAGAAGGGAGGGAGCAAGAGGUCGAGAGACUUCCAGUGUGUGGUAAGAAGGCGGCGAGAAAGGUCGUGGACGAAUGUAGCCAUGAGAGCAAUGAGUUGAUAGACGAUUGGUAA